AUGGACUCAUAUCACUUACUUAGCCUUCUGGUUCUCGGCAUCGGGAAAUGGGGACAGAUCUUGGCAGGCAUUCUCAUGGCUCUGAAUGGUCGCGCUGGUGCUUUGUAUCGUAUCCCUUUCCCGGUUCUCUGUCGGUCUAGUUGGGGUCCACUUGGGGCUCUUUGGCCUACGUUUAACCGCGCAGUAAUGGCCAUUGUGUGGAACGGUGUCAAUGCUGUCCAGGGUGCGCAGUGCCUGAAUGUACUGCUGCAUUCCAUUUCCCCGUCGAUGGCUAGAAUUCCUAAUACCAUGGGCUCUAAGUCUGCCCUUACCAGUGCAGGAAUGAUAUGCUUUUCCGUGUUCUGGUACUUGCAUCCUUCCAUGGUGGACAUCUUCUACUUUGCCGCUUACUAUAGUGCCACUGUCGCUAUGCUGGCUUGGACACUGUCUUUAUCUGGAUCUUCCAAGCAGACACUUCGGUCGCAUUCAACAAUUCACGGUACCGAAAAGUCCUGGAUGGUUGCCAAGUUCUUCUGGCUAGGGCUCGCAAGCGUUGCCACCUUCGUCUCCAAUGCUGCCGAUCUUCAGCGAUAUGCUAGACGACCGAACGAUGUUAUCUUGGGUCAAGUGUUCAGCUUUCCUGUGGCUAACUUUAUUAUUGCCAUCAUGGGCUGUGUUAUAGCUGCUACCAGUGAGCCUAUAUUUGGGGAGCGUCUCAUGGAAGGUGAUCGCUAUACAGCCGGGAACCGAGCGGGUUGCUUUUUUAUCUCUCUUGGCUUUGUCUACUCAACUAUCUUCACCAAUAUAUUCGAGAACUCCAUACCAGUGGGAAAUGAUAUAGCAGCCUUGCUUCCCAAGUACCUCAACGUCAAGCUUCUAUCCUACGCCAUUUGUCCGUGGUAUCUACUAUCGUCAGCCGCUGUUUUCAUCAAGUUUCUCUCCUCCUAUCAGAUCUUUCUCUCCGCCAUUGCAGGAAUCCUACUCUGCGACUAUUAUCUGAUCCGCCGAGGCCGGCUUUGUAUCCCAGAAAUGUACACCAUGAAUCCAGAGGGUCGCUACCAUUACCUGCGCGGAAUCAACUUCCGUGCCUUCGCAGUAUAUCUAUUCUCAAUAGCUCCGAGCUUUUAUGGGUUUCUGAACCAGCUGGGUGUAAAGGGGCCGUUAUCUAUUCAACGGUUCUAUUACGUUUCGUAUCCGACCGGACUGUUGAUUGCAUUCAUUGGAUAUUAUUUAACAUGCCUUUGCUUUCCUAUCGUGGGCAUGGUGCGAACCCGUGGCUGGUGCGAACCUAGAGAGUAUAUCGAUGUGCAUGAUUCCGCCAGAGAUGAUACUACAAUGGAUUUUGAUGGUGUUGAUGUCUCGAGGCGGGAGAGUGAUGCGUUUGAUUCCGUUGUUGCAGAAGUACGAGGCACGCUUUCUGUGGACUUCUAA